UAAACAAAAUUUAUCGCGCAAAUAAUUUAUGUUUUAUUUUUUAAACAAAUAUAAAAAUGGAAUCAUUUUCGAUUGAUGAGAUUUCCAAUUAUACCAAUUCUAUUAUUACAUUUGUAAUAAACGGCGCUUCUACAAAAUUACCACUAAAGGAAAAAGAUAUGAUCAGCACCAUAAAUAUCAAGGGCAAAUUGUUUUACAUGGCUUUGUCUCAUGCAAAAACCGCAUUAAAGGAGACUUAUGGCUUAAUGUUAGCUGAUGUUCCUGAUUCAAAAAGUGGUAAGGCAUAUAUUUGCCAUAGUGAAGAACCCGGCUUAUCGCUAUUGUUAUUUGACGAGGAUCAACAGCGUCAUAUAACUUUAUUAUUUGUCAUACUAUCGUAUCUAUUUAUGCGUGGUUCGGAUACGCCACAUAAAACCAAAACUACUGAAGAGGAUUUAAAAACGUUUCUUGAUGGUUUGCGCAUUAAAUUUGAUGAAUAUCAUCCAUAUUUUGGCCAAAAUUUGAAGAAGCUUAUAACGGAAACUUUCGUUAAACAAUUGUACUUAAAACGCGAAAAAGAUGUUAGUGAAUUGGAUUCGGAAACAAAGUUUAAUUAUUAUUGGGGUUUUCGAGCACAUUCUGAAUUCGAUAAGAAACUUCUAUUGGACGCAACAGCAAAAAUUUUAAAGAAACCACCAACUUUCUUUGUUGCAAAACAUCAGGAAUUGUAUGGUAAUGAAGAUGUGGAAAUGAGCAGUUCAACUAAUUGAAUUUAUUAUUAUUUUAUUGUUAAUUUUAGCAUUAGUUUUUUAUGAAUUAAUAAAAAAAACGUAUUUUCUUUCUUUAGUCACACAAUAAACUAUAGUACAACAAUUCCCCAACAAUAUAUAACAA